AGCCGCUGCGGUGUCUCCUGUCGUCGGUGUCAGCAGCUGAAGUCCGGGCUGACGCCGCGGAGAGUCCACCGUGUCUUCACCGAAACCGAAACCGGAGAGAAAACACGAGGAUUAGGAGGAAAACACACAGAACGUCGCACUUUAAACCGCAGCUCCCUCCGUGUGUGUGUGUGUGCGUACAGGCAAGCUAGUUAGCUCCGCGCUACAACAGCUAACAGGCUCCUAGAUGCUAGUUAGUUAGCGUCACCUAGUUAUCUCACCCUCCUCCUCCUCCUCCUCUUCCUCUUUGACAGACAGCUGCUCCUUCAUCAUCACACGAUGGCGUAUAAAAGAAUUUCAAAGGAGCUCACCGAUCUGUCCAGAGAUCCUCCCACUCAGUGCUCAGCUGGACCCGUGGGCGACGACAUGUUUCACUGGCAGGCGACGAUCAUGGGGCCUACUGACAGUCCGUACCAGAGCGGAGUUUUUUUCCUCACUAUUCAUUUUCCUACAGAUUAUCCCUUCAAACCUCCCAAGGUUGCCUUCACGACCAGAAUUUAUCAUCCAAACAUCAACAGUAACGGCAGCAUCUGUCUGGACAUCCUGAGAUCUCAGUGGUCUCCAGCAUUAACCAUCUCUAAAGUCCUUUUGUCCAUUUGUUCUCUGUUAUGUGACCCGAACCCUGACGACCCGCUAGUACCUGAGAUCGCCCGCAUCUACAAAACAGACCCGGUCAGGUACAACAAGACGGCUCAGGAAUGGACUCGUAAAUACGCCAUGUGACCCCGCCCCCUUCAUUCACUGCUGGAAUAUAAACUGUUGUUUUUUGUCUCAUUUUCUCAUGUGGCCACGCCCCCUCCCUCCUUCCCCCCUCCUUCUCAUCAGACAGUAACAGAAAUUUGUUCAUAUCAUCUUUUUUUGACCCCGCCCCUCAACCAUUAGCUUUUUAAAUGUUUUUGUUUUGUGGUGGCGGCGGUGAGGACGGACGGACGGCGUGAACGUGCCAACGCAAAACACUGGCUGAAGACAAACUGUUACACACACACACACCAGUGCUGGACGGGAUCAAUAUAAUAAUCAAUAAUGUAAUGCAUGUGCCAGUGGGCGGGUCCAUGUGCUGCGAGCGCAGUUUUUGUUUAGCGUUAGCUCGUCGAUCGGCGCUGACGCCGCUCUCUCUGCACUGAUGACGAAACGAUCGACUCAUCGCUCUCAUGUUUUUCUGUUUUUUCUCAAUAAAGUUCAACAAACA